AUGCAGCGGCGGGUCUCCAAGGUCUCCUCGGACCCCCCGCGGCCGCCGGCCCCGCCGGAGUCCGACCCCAGCGCGCCGCCGAGCCGGGAGCCUGUCCGCCGCGCGCUCGGACCGGCCAUGGCGAUCCCGCCGCAGCUGCUCAGCCUGUGCGUCGCCCUGGCGCACCUGGCGAGGGCCCGAGCCCCUGCAUGGGACCUUAACGGUCCAUCGCUGGGCCCUGGCCGGCCCUCAGCCACCCUGGAGGACGGAGAAGGGGUGUCCGCAGAGGCCGGGGAGUGGACGUCCUGGUUCAACGUGGACCACCCGGGCGGCGACGGCGACUUCGAGAGCCUGGCGGCCAUCCGCUUCUACUACGGGCCGGCGCGCGUGUGCCCGCGGCCGCUGGCACUGGAGGCGCGCACCACCAACUGGGCCCUGCCGGCCGCCGUGGGCGAGCGCGUGCACCUCCACCCCACGCGCGGCUUCUGGUGCCUGAACCGCGAGCAGCCGCGCGGCCGCCGCUGCUCCAACUACCACGUGCGCUUCCGCUGCCCGCGCGAGGCCACUUGGAGCACAUGGGGUCCGUGGGGUCCCUGUUCUGGGAGCUGCGGCCCAGGCCGUCGAUUGCGCAGCAGAAACUGCACAAGCCCCGCUGUGGAUGCGUGUCCAGGGCGUUCCCUCGAGGCGCAGAAGUGUGUGCGACCUGCGUGCUCAGGAUACCCCACUUCCUAUGCCCCCACAGAUGUGUGCCCCGACCACAUUCUCCUGGGCCUGGUUGUGACCCCAUCAGGGCAGCCACUCACGGGUGCCCGCGUCUCUCUGCGAGAGCGGCCUGGCAUUGUGGCCACCAGUGAUGCGCACGGAACCUUCCAGAUGCCCGGGGUCUGCGCCAGUAGCCAGGUUAACGUCAGCGCCCGCGCCAAUGGCUUCUCCGAGGGCCUGGCUCAGGCCCAGGCCAACAGUUCCACGUCCGCGGCGGUGACGCUGGUUCUGGAGCGGCUGGAGAGGCCCCACCUUGUGAGGCACCCCGAGUCCCGCGUCCGGGAGGUUGGGCAGAACGUGACCUUCUGUUGCAAAGCUGCGGGCACCCCCACGCCCAAGAAAUACGCCUGGUUCCACAACGGGACGUUACUGGACCGGCGGGUGCACAGAUCCGGGGCGCACCUGGAGCUGAGGGCGCUGCGCCCCGAGCAGGCGGGAACCUACCACUGCAAGGCCUGGAACGACGCGGGUGCCGUGCGCUCAGCCACUGCCAGGCUCUCCGUGCUGGCUCCCGGAGAACCAGCCUGCGACCCCCGGCCCCGGGAGCACCUGAUCCAACUCCCCGAGGGUUGUGGCCAGCCCGACGGCAACGGCAGCGGCCCCGCCUACCUGGACGUGGGUUUCUGCCCCGACACCCCGUGUCUGGGGCCUUCGAGCGCUGCCCGCUGCGGGGACUCGGGGUCCCGCUGCUGCUCUGUGCGGCGCCUGGAGAGCCGGAGCGUCCCGUGCGCCGGCUUCGAGCUGCCGGUGAAGGUGGUGGCCGAGUGCGCCUGCCGCAAGUGCGCGGCCCCUCGCGGUCUGGUGCGCGGCCGCCUCGUAGCCGCCGACUCCGGGGAGCCCCUGCGCUUCGCCCGCAUCCUGCUGGGCCGGGAGCCGCUGGGCUUCACCUCAUACCAGGGCGAUUUCACCCUGGAGGUGCCGCCGUCCACGCAGCGGCUGGUGGUGACGUUCGUGGACCCGAGUGGCGAGUUCGUAGACACGGUCAGGGUGCUACCGUUCGACCCCCAGGGGGCCGGGGUGUACCACGAGGUGAAGGCCAUGAGGCAGCGCGCCCCGGUAGUGCUGGACUCGGGCCUGAGCAAUAAUAGCAUCGCGCUCGGGGACCUGGCCGACGCGCCCCCGUUGGGCGAGCUCCUCUUCCCACCGGGCACUUUCCGGACCCUCGACGGCCGCGCCUACGAGGGCGCUGUGGAGGCCCGGGUGACCUUCGUGGACCCCCGAGACCUGUCCACGGCGGCCGCGGCUCCCAGCGACCUGCGCUUCGUGGACCCAGACGGGGAGCUGGCGCCGCUGCGCACCUAUGGAAUGUUUUGGGUAGAUCUGCGCGCCCCGGGGCGCACGGAGCAGCUCCAGGCCGGGCCGGUGGGCGUGCGGGUGGCCGCUGAGCACAUUCACAUGGCGGGCCACGCCGAAGCGCUGCAGCUGUGGUCCCUAAACCCCGACACGGGGCUGUGGGAGGAGGAGGGCGGCUUUGAGCGGCGGGGCACCGGGGCACGGGCGCGCCGCGAGGAGCGCGUGUUCCUCCUGGGCAGCGUGGAGGUGCGGGAGCGCCGGCUCUUCAACCUCGACGUGCCCGAGCACCGGCGCUGCUUCGUAAAGGUGCGCGCCUACGGCAACGACAAGUUCGACGCCAACGAGCAGGUAGCGGGCGUGGUGGUGACGCUGGUGAACCUGGAGCCGGCGCCGGGCUACGAGGCCAACCCGCGCGCCUGGGGCCGCUUUGACAGCGCCGUCACGGGGCCCAACGGCGCCUGCCUGCCGGCCUUCUGCGACGCCGAGUGGCCCGACGCCUACACCGCGCUGCUCACCGCCACCCUGGGGGGCGAGGAGCUGGAGCCGCCCCCCGCGCGCCCCGCGAGGGCCGUGGGCGUGGCACAUCCCUACCUGGAGCGCCUGGCCUACCAGCGCACCGACCACGACGACCCGGCCCAGAAGCGCAACGGGUUCCGCAUCCACCUCGCCAAGCCCAGGCCCGGCCAGCCCGGCGAGGCGCAAGGCCCCGUGUACCCCUGGAGACGCCUGCGGGACUGCCAGGACGCGCCGGUCACCCACAGCCAUUUCCGAUUCGCUCGCGUCGAGGCCGACCGCUUCGAGUACAACGUGGUGCCGUUCCUCGAGGGCGCGCCCGCCUCCUGGACCGGCGACCUGCUGUCCUGGUGGCCCAACCCGCAGGAGUUCCGCGCCUGCUUCCUCAAGGUGCGGCUCCACGGCCCGCAGGAGUACAUGGUGCGUUCGCACAACGCGGGGGGCAGCCACCCUGGCACCCUCGGCCAGCUCUACGGCCUCAGGGACAGCCGCAGCGUGCGCGACCCGCAGCGCUCCGGCACCUCGGCAGCCUGCGUGGAAUUCAAGUGCGGAGGCAUGUUGUUCGACCAGCGACAGGCAGACCGCACCCUGGUCACCGUCACCCCGCAAGGGAGCUGCCGCCGCGUGGCCGUCAACACGCUCCUGCGGGACUACCUGGCGCGCCACGCGCCCCCCACCGCGCUCCCCGACGACCGCGCGGCCUUCUCCAUGCUCGCCCCCCUCGACCCGCUGGGCCACAACUACGGCGUGUACACGGUCACCGACCAGAGCCCGCGGCUGGCCAAGGAGAUCGCCAUCGGCCGCUGCUUCGACGGCUCCUCCGACGGCUUCUCCAGGGAGAUGAAGGCCGACGCGGGCACGGCCGUGACGUUCCAGUGUCAGGAGCCGCCCGCCGGCCGGCCCAGCCUGUUUCAGCGCCUUCUUGAAGCUCCAGCCUCCGCGCUCCAGGACAUUCGACGGGAGAUGGGCCAGGCCAGGGCCCCCCGGCCACGCACUUUUCAUGGAGAAAAUGGGGGCACCCUGGAUCCGAAGAAUCCUGAACCCACGUCCCGGGACCAGGACAAGCCAGGCUUCGUUCCGGUCAGCCCAGCCCCCAAUAAUGACGUGUCAGUGAGGGAAGGGGGUGCUGGGACCCUCACAGAGCCGCCCUGGGGUCAGCUCGGGGCACCAGAAUCGCUGGCCUCUCCAGUGGCCUUUCACGCGUCCAUGAUUUUAUGA